CUGCAAUGACAAAACGACCAACCACAGACCCCCGUACAUCGGGCCAGUCAAACCCUUCUUCUUCGGGUUAAUGCUGCUGAGCCUUGUCGCCUUUAUUGUUUCAGCGCCAUCUACAGCCUUCCGCCUCGCCAACGCUCCCAUUCAGCCCCUGACGGGCCAAGCUCUCUGGUCCAGGUCCCAUUCAACGAUGGCAGCUGAUCAUGGGAAGGACAGCAGCAGCAUGGAGACCCUGUCAAGCUUCCUGAGUGGCUGCAUCGACAGGCUGGAGCAACAUGCAUCGCCGGCAGGCCAGCACAAGCUGAAUGCAGUCCUGGGCAACACCUCUGGAGAUCUGGUGAGUGAGUGCCAUGCAAUGAGCCAGACAGAGAUGGCUUGUCUGUCUGGACUUUCUGUUGUGUUGCGUGACGUGCAGGACUCUGUCUGUGCUGCGAUUGCCAAAGCAUGGCUGCUCACGAUGGUAGGUACGGUCGUCAGACACCGGUGACACACCACAGACAAGAGAGGCUGGGCUGCUCGUGUGGGUGUGCGCGUAGACAGGCGUGCCGAGUUAUCCCGUGAUGAACUUCCCCAGUGAGGACCUGCCGCUGCGCAUCCUGCUCUUCUAUUGGCUGCAGCACGUGCUGCACGAGAGCCAGGCCGAGGCCAACAUGCUGGAGAGAUUCUGCAUCGACCAGCCGCUCAUACUCAAGGUCAGUCAGUGGCCCUACCAUACACCCGUCGCGUGGUGGGCUCUGCUCUGUCUUGCAGGGGAUGGAGACCAGUCGGCCGUGGACCCUGACGAUCGUCGACCACAACGAGCUCAGCCCCACACAGCGCGACAAGUAAGCAGUGGGCUAUGCUGGGUGCUCAGCACAGACGGCCUGUCUAUGUCACACACACCAAACAGGUGGCAGGGUCGUGUGACUCGCAUCACGGACCACCACAAGGACGAGUCGCAUGCCUAUGAGCACCAGGACGACAUCGAGAAGAACAUCAGCGACCCCUCCGUCGGCAGCUGCUGCACACUCAUCGCCGAAGAGGUAAGUAGCCAGGCCAGGUGCAGUGCCUUCUGCACUGCACUGCAUUCACAUACUCAUACUCAUCUCUCCCUGCCCUGGUACGGUGGGUGCACGGCGGUACAUGCCUGCAGUGGUUUGCGAGCGGUGCGGCGAUGCCUCGUGAAGCGGCGCUGCUGUUGCUGGGACCCAUCCUCACAGGUCAGCCAGUCAGCUAACCAUGUCACGUCACGCACAUCACGAUGAUGGUGUAAGUAACAUGACUUACUGACCAUCACAUGUGUGGUUGGGUUGCGUGUCUGGUGUUGUUCAGACACCGGCGCUUUUGCCCCCGAGCUCAAGGGGUCUCGCUGGAGCGAUCGGUGGGCGAAAGGCAUGCGGCUCCAAAAUGCUGUUUGCGCAUCCCUCCCGCGUCGAUUGGUGUGUGUUUCUUUGUAUGGACUUCCACCACACCACACCACACUGGCCACAGGGAUGAGUCAGCCCGCGAGCAGCUGUGCAAGGCACGUAGCGUAAACGAAGGGAAACUGACUUACAAAUGAUAUAUUGAUUACGCGCUGAGGUGUGGCGUUGUUCUGCGUGGCCCACAUGGUCGGUCAUGUAUGGCAGGUGGUGGGCUGGGAUGAGUCUCGGUGGCGUGAGGCCGCCAGGAUGCUACAAGACGCCAAGUUCGACGUCAAAGAGAACCUCUCCAUGGUCAGUCAGUAGGCACAUGGACUGCACGUCACAUUAUUCCAUCAGCGACUCUCUCUCUCUUUGUGUGUGUGUGCGUGUGUGUGUGUGUGUGCCAUAUAUUCACUAACUAGGGUCUGGCCAAUCUUCUGCGGUCGGACUUCAAACUGUACCACUACGGACAACUGACGGUGAAGCAAAGACAGAGGAGCGGCUAGCUACAUCAAUCAGCACACUCAUGAGGCGCGCGCGUGUGUGUGAAGGCAGGUGGGUUACUCGUCUCUGACGAUCCCUCUGGAGGCGUGCUUCACCGACACGUCUGACGACACCACCGACCACGCCCUGGUGGGUGGGUGACAGCCGGCCGAUGUCGGUUGGGUGCAUCCUGCCUGCCUGCCUGCCUGCCUGCUGGUGCCUGUGCGUCAUUCGUUCGUUCGUUCAUUCGUUCAUUUUGCAUGUGACGUGCAGAUGCACCACAUGGAGAGGAACGGCCUGGACCUGCUCAUCAUCAUGGCGUGGAAACUGCAACCAAGUCAGUCAGUCUGUGCGACAGGGAGACAGACAACCCCCGCCCAUACACACACACCCUGGCCCUGCCUGUCGUCUCCCACCUGCAGCCAUGUCCCGUGAAAUGGCGGUUUGUGUCCGGCGCGACGACGAGAGAGCCGACGGUACGGACGUACUCCUGACCUUCCUGUUGAAAGCUGGUGGGCUGAUGGGCCGUCUUUUGUCUGUUUGUCUGUCUGUCUGUGUGUGGGGCAGAGAUUGUGAGGUCCAUCGCUGGCAUCAGCGAGCUGCAGCUGUCGCCCAUGGAGCUGCCGUGGACGCCCAAGAGCACCAAACUCGCCGCGUUCUUCCAGGUAAACCAUCCCCCAUCCCAUAGAGACAGACAGCCUGGGUAUAUAUAUGUGUGGUUGGUGUCUUGUGUUGUGUUGUCUUGUGUUGUGUUGUGUUGUGAUGCGUUGUGGGUCGGUCUGUCUGUUGGGUCAGGGGAAUGACAAGGCUUCCCGGAAGAUCGCUGAGCCGCUCAUCAGAGGCUGUUUGUCGGGAGUGACAGGCUGCGAGUGACUGACCGAUAUGUAUGUGCUGUCUGUGCUGUGCUGUGCCGUUGCAUGGCGGUCGUGCUGUAUUCUAUAGGACACACACGGUGUACGG